AUGGGAGCUAUUUUUGUGGCAUCUUUGUUCUUCUUAAUUGCCAUUGGCCAGGCUGUCUCAGUCUGUUUUCCAACUGAAUAUACCAUGUAUUUGGAGAAGAAAGAAUGUGCUUACUGCCUUGCCGUUAAUACCACUAUUUGUUCAGGAUUCUGCAUGACAAGGGAUCCGAAUCUGAAGGAAGGACUGCCUAAAAUGCUGAUGUCUCAGAAAACCUGUUCUUACAAAGAAUAUAUCCACAGGACAGUGACCAUUCCUGGCUGCCCAGAGCAUGUGAACCGGCUCUGUUCCUAUCCUGUAGCUAUUAGCUGUGAGUGUGGCAAAUGUAACACUGGCUACACUGACUGUAUCCAAGAUACCAUCAAAAUCAAUUACUGUACAAAAGCAUUUGAGCCUCAAUAUCUCGGCUCCUCAAAAUACAUUCAGUAAAAAGCUUGUGUUUACUAGUGAAUGGUGCAUGCAAAUAGUUACACUAGAAAUACAGUUGUGCUGAUAGAACUUUCUCUGUUCCCCAUUCUUAUCCAGUGCUUUUGGGGCACAUUACCACUAACAAAGAAUAAAAGUAAUGAUUUCCAAGAUUGACAAGCAUAGGUUUUACAUGUACUAAAAGGUUACCUGGUUGGCCAAGUAUUUACACUGGUUUGUGGUAAAUAUUAAUACCUGGUAUGUUUUUUUAUCUAAAGGAAUAAAAACCUUAUUUCUGAAGACUUAAACAAGGUGCCAAGCUCUUCCCCAUAUAUAAUAAAAGGCACUAAGUUUGCCCAGGAACACUAAUCUAUAGCAACCAUUAGGGUGUUUCCUUUGAAACCGGUGACCAGUAAAUUCUACCUGCUGAUUGGUUGCUAUGAGUUACUACUCCUUGGCAAAC